AUGGAGUCUUCACAAGUUCCUAAUCUUUAUAAACAGCAACGAGGUCCUCCAAAGAUCAAAAAUAAAAAUCCUGCGCCAAUUCAAAUAACAGCUGAACAAAUUCUCCGAGAAGCAAAGGAGCGUCAAGAAACUGCCAAGAAAGCACCCCGUCAGAAGAUUUCUGACUUGGAAGAAUUGUCAGAAUAUCGUCUACGUAAACGAAAAGAAUUCGAAGAUUCUAUAAGAAGGAAUCGAUUAAACAUUGGAAGCUGGCUAAAGUAUGCAGCAUGGGAAGAAAGUCAGAAGGAACUAAAUAGAGCGCGUUCUGUAUAUGAAAGGGCAUUAGAUGUGGAUUCGCGAAAUGUGACACUUCAUAUUAAAUAUACUGAAAUGGAAAUGAAAAAUCGUAAUGUUAAUCAUGCGAGAAAUUUAUUCGAUCGUGCAGUAACUUUAUUACCGAGAGUCGAUACAUUUUGGUACAAAUAUACAUAUAUGGAAGAAUUAUUGGGCAAUGUGGCAGGUGCUCGACAAAUAUUUGAGCGUUGGAUGCAAUGGGAGCCUGAUGAAUCAGCGUGGAACGCAUACAUAAAGAUGGAGAAGAGAUAUAAUGAAAUUGACAGGGCUAGAGCAAUUUACGAGAGAUUUGUUAAUGUUCACCCUGAGCCAAGAAAUUGGUUAAAAUGGAUAAAAUUUGAAGAAGGACAACAUAAUUUAGAAAAAUGUAGAGAAAUAUACAGUCAAGCAAUUGAAGUUUUAGGUGAAGAUCAUAUUGAACAAAAAAUAUUGAUUUCAUUUGCAAAAUUUGAAACUAAAUUAAAAGAGUUUGAAAGAGCUCGUGUCGUCUACAAAUAUGCUUUAGAAAAGUUGCCUCGUGCUAAAUCAGAAGCACUAUAUAACGCAUAUACCCAAUUUGAAAAACAAUAUGGUGACAAAGAAGGUAUUGAAGAUGUUGUCGUUGGUAAACGGAGAGCACAAUAUGACGAGGAAUUAAAAUUAAAUCCAAAAAACUAUGAUAUAUGGUUUGAUUAUGCACGAUUAGAGGAAAAUGCAGGUGAUGUGUUGAAAGUUCGAGAAAUUUAUGAACGCGCGAUUGCACAGGUGCCACCUGCCCAGGAAAAAAGAUUUUGGCGGAGAUACAUUUAUUUAUGGAUUAAUUAUGCGUUAUAUGAAGAACUUGAGACAAAGGCACGUUCAAUAUUUGAUUACGAACGGACAAGACAAAUAUAUCAAGAGUGCCUUAAGAUGAUACCUCAUAAAAAAUUUACUUUUGCAAAAAUAUGGUUGAUGUAUGCACAAUUUGAGAUACGACAGUUAGAUUUGAAUGCUGCCAGAAAAGCGUUAGGAAAUGCCAUAGAAUUUGACCGUUGUCGAAUUUUAUAUUCGAAAUACCUGGAACAUAAUCCUGCUAAUUGUUAUGCAUGGAUAAAAUUCGCGGAACUUGAAAGAAUGUUGGGCGAUUAUGAUCGUUGCCGAGCUAUUUUUGAGCUCGGAGUAGAGCAACCAGUUUUAGAUAUGCCAGAAUUAUUAUGGAAGGCUUACAUCGACUUUGAGUUUACUGAAGAAGAAUUCGAGAAUACUCGACAGUUAUAUAAGCGAUUAUUAGAAAAAACUGGUCAUGUUAAAGUAUGGAUUAGUUAUGCACAAUUUGAAUUAAAUGCUGAUCAAGGUAAUCAUGAAGAUGGAGUUUUACGCGCACAUAAUGUAUUUGAAACAGCUUAUCAGAGUAUGAAAGAAAAAGAAUUGAAGGAAGAGCGUGUUCUUCUCCUUGAAUCCUGGAAAGAAUUUGAGAGCAAUAAUGGCACGAAAGAGACAUUAUCCGCUGUAGAAAGUAAAAUGCCUAAAGUUGUUAAAAAACGAAGAAAAUUGGAUGAAGCAGAAGGACAUACAGGCGUUGCGUGGGAAGAAUACUUUGAUUAUAUAUUUCCAGAUGAUCAAACACAACAACCCAAUUUCAGAUUAAAUAUGCCGUUAGAAUAA